GGCUCUGCCUGUUGCGCACUUGGCGUCACACACGGACAGCAGCGCACAGCAGCUGCGUGGAUGCGCGGAGCCGCUAAUGGACUUUCCCCACUCUCUUUUCCUGGCAGUGGUUUUAUGACUCGGAUCCUCUCGGGCCGGCGGCUGCUCUCAUCCAACCCGGGGACUCAUUACAACGUGGCACCGUUACGCAUCCAGUGGCCGCGGCAAGACACGCGCGCACACACUCGAGACGUUCUACAUCAGGAAGCACAGGAGCCGUAGGAGGAUCUGUCUCUGCCAGAGAUGCACACCAGUGCAAUGAAGACCUGAAGCCUGAGAAUCCAUGUGUGCCCCGCUGAACACACACACUGACGAGUUACAGACACCGGUGGUUGUAGCAGUGUGUGUGUCUGUGCGUGCGUGUUUGUGUGCAUGUGCCUAUGUGUGCAUGUAUAUGUGUGUGUGUGCGUGUAUGUGUGUGGCCGACCCUGUGUCUGUAUUUGUGCCGAAAAAUUCAGCUGAGGACGUAAACCAAAGAGCAUGAUCCAACUGUCCACCUCAGUCUACCUGCUAGGAGGCCUUUUAGGCCUGUGUCUGCUUGAACCUGUUCUGACGGCCCUGACGCCAGCCAGCAUGUGCACGCCCUUAAAGACACUCAACGACAGCCUCAGCCACAGGCGACGGUACAUGAAGCACAACUUCCCCAUCAACUACAGCAUCAGGGUUCAUCAGAAGGAAAUCUUCAAACUGUCAAACAUCCGCAGAAUGAAGUUGCAGGUGGAGGGAUUGGAUGAGCUGGUUCUCCAGAGGCUGUGGUUCCAGGUCAACCAAGGAGUGUUAAAAAAGAUCAUCCGGAUGAUGGCGGAGAGACAUCCUUCGCGGCCAUACACCGCUGAGCUGGAGCGACGGUUCAGGGACGCCGAGGGAGUCUUUGUGGAGUCGCAUCCCACCGAGGUGUUCCAGAAAGAGCUUCCAGAGACAAUCCAGGACAUUUGGGAUUGUUUAACAGAGGAGCCUGAACGAGUGCCGGAGACCAGCUGGAAGUUCGCUACUCCAAAAUCCCUCUUAGACAACUUCUGCCAAACCAUGUACUGCCUCUUCAGCGACUGCUUUGCCAGCGGCGGAACACAGCAGGACUACUGUGGCGUUUUCCAUCGGAUGAAAGGCAGGAAGAAAGACGAAAGCUGAGAAGAGCCGAGUGGGGCGCAGGCCCUGUGGAUACUGACUCAGGAUUUGUAUCAUUAGCUGUCGGGGUAGAGGGGUGAACGGACGACCCACAGCCAAACAAGACAUGAAUAAGUCUUUCUCAAUAUCUACCAAAGAGGGCCUAGAUUGUCUGGACGAUCCGAUGGAGACGCUCCAUGAAUCAAAGCAGACUGAAACAAUAGGCACAUUAACAGCAUUCAUAUUAUUUUGUGAGCAUUUGGACUCUUUACUUUACAUAAAGCUCAUUUUGGAGUAAAAUCUCCAACUCCUUCCAACUCUUUACCCACUGAGGAAGCCCAAAGUGUUUUUAUCGCUUCAUAGCAUCUCACACUGAUGCUGUAGUAUUUGAGAUUCCAGCUUUGGAAGAUAACUAUUCAUGUUCACACAUACGGACUAAACUGAUGUACGAUCAAUAUAUUCGAUAUAUUCUCUCCUAAAGUGGAUUAUUCAAGAAAGGGGGGCGCACAAGCUCCCGAAUUCAGUGAGGGGUUAACUUCUGGACUGAGAACAUCAAUGUGGCUUUGCAAAAUCUCUACCAACACCCUGAUGUUCUCCCCUGGGCCUGGAUGGUCCAACUCAGAGACCCGACCAGAGGCAACAAGAGAGACUACACAUUGGAUUGUUAGUGGAUUGAAAAACAACCGAGUUUGUACCCGAGACCGACUUCUCUUCUCUGUUUGCCCCAUCACAUCAUGUGUAUGUGAACUGAACUUCAAACCUUUUAGGCAAACGGAUAACUACUGUUUUCUCUUCCUUCUUCAAUUGUUGACAAUGCAUUUCUUAACCUACAGCCUACAUUUAAAGUGAUAUUCUAUCAGUGUGUCAUAGACCCAAAACUGCAUAAACAUAAACUUUCAAAAAUGUAUUUAUUUCUAUUUGUUUAUCGUGUGUGAGUGAGAGCUGAACCCAGAAAAACGACAACAUACGACCUUCCUCCAUCCGAGCCGUGCAUCUUCAUAUCUACUGUAGAAUAUAAAUCCUGCUACUAGAUUAGAUUUUUCCUCAGAUGCAAACAGAGUCUAGAGAGUUUGCGGUGAUAAAAGCCGACGCCGGUGUCUAUGCAUGUUAAGAAAAUUCCUGUGAUCUCCAGCGGAGUUAAUAAGCCUAAAUAAUUCGGAGGAUUAGUUGCUGUUGUGAUUGCAGAGAACCUCCUGUGUUGUGCAGGUGUGAAAGGAAAAAAAGCCCCAGGUCAUGUUUGAAAGCGGGUUUUGUUUCACUCAUAUUCAUCAGGGUGUUGAACCAAACCAGUCAAGAGACCCAAUGACCUGAUGUACUCACUAAGUAACAAGCAGCAGAAAAUGAUGAACAGCUGGGCUCAGAAAGUCAAGCACCUGUUUAGUCGAGGUUGAGUUGCGAAACAACUGUGAUUUUAUUAUUUUCACACUUACAACACAUCAGAUCCCUGAAAGAGGAAGUUAGGAAAUCCACUCAGCUUUUCUCAGCCAUUGUUAUCAAGUGCUGAGGACGUUCACUGCUGAGUGGAUCAACAGAUCACCUGAAGGCCCUCUGCAACUGUCGGGGUUGGAAUGCAGCCUUGAUCUUGUCUCGUUACUCGACUGAAAUAUGAUUUUUUGUUUUACAUUCCUCUCAUGGAUUUUACAUUCCUCGCGCGAUUAUCGAUGAUGAAGAUGAAGGUGGAGGAAUAAGCCGAUUAUGGUGGACGGUUCCCGGUCGGAACAUACAGAGCAAUGAUGUCAGGUUGGUGCACAGGAAGGAUUUAGUAAUUACACAUAGAGGACACUGUCUGCCUAUUGAGAAGUGUGUAGGAAUACAAUUUUGUUCCGUACAAAUUGAACAUUGCGAUGUUUCACUAAUCUUCAGGUAUAAAUUUGAGUCUCACCCAAAACUGCAGUAAGAAUCCACUUUCAGUUCAUGCGCUCACUCCUCAUGUCACAUAUGAUCUACGUACAAGCUUUGCAAGUCCAAUCGUGUCACUCUUUAGACAGGAGAAUGAUGAUGUUAAAUUAUUACUAUAUAUAUAUAUAUAUUUACAGCAUUGGGUUGAGCAGCUUCCAUGCGUUUCAGAAGGCAAAACAAAAGAAGCCCUGUUAUAAUGUAUCAGAUGAAAGAUAAAUAUUGGUGUAUUUCUAUAAAUGCAGUAAAUGUAUUUUUAUUAUACUUUAUCGAUCUUAUGUAACCGUAUGGUUGUUUUUUCGUAACCAUAAGAACAUUUUAAGGUGUAUUCAAAGAUCCUUUAUUAUAAAGAUGUAGUGAUAUUUACUACCUGACUGACUGGCAACAACAGAAAGAUGAUAAACUACAAACACACGGAUGGUUGUUGUCUGUGGUCUGAAGAUAUGUGUAAGAAACAUUUUUUUUUAUACACAAGAUAAUGAAUUAUUUAUUUUUGGGAAAUGUAUAAUGCUACGUGACAAUACUUUUAUGAAAGAAAAAUAAAAACCAAAUUUUUUAUCAACUAA